AUGGGCCGACUCGCAAGCAAGCGCAAGAUCAAGCAGUGCGACCCGUUCUUCAAGGGCAAGCGCGACGGCGAAGGCGACAAGUACGACAGAGCGCCGACGGUCUCGAAGCGCAAGAAGCGCAAGGACCGCAAGAUGCUGGACCAGGCGGCCAUCGACCGCUUCGUGCUGGGCGGCGACGCCUCGUCGUCCGAGGCGAUCCAGACCAAGAAGAAGCGCAAGAAGAAUGAAGGCGCGCUCGCCGACGUUGAAGGCCGGCGGCCGGGCGAGAGCAUGCGCGCGUUCAACCAGCGCAUGGGUCUCGAGGUGCGCAAGGUGCUUUACCACGAGGCGAAGAAGGACCGCAAGUCGAAUGCGAAGAAGAAGGAGUUCUUUAGCGCCAAGAAGGAGAAGCUCAAGCGCAAGAAGAUGACGGACCAGGAAAAGUACGACCUCGAGUACCAAGAGACGGGCUCGACGAAGCGCGAUACCUUCAGCGCGACCGAGAAGGUCCGGUUCGGCGACCGAUACGACGCGCCGCCGAUCCUGCCCGUGCUCAAGGGCGUCUUCAAGAAGAAGGCCGACGCCAAGACGAAAAAGUAA